UGUUGCCCUCAGGUCGUACUAGGUGUUUUGUUGCCUCUAAGUGAGUGUCUGCUAGCAUACAGCUGUUUUGUGAGUAUCACGGUGUAAAUGGAUUUGUUGCCAUGGAUACAGCGCAAGGUGUUAACCCAGCGACGUAAUUAGAGCAAUCCGGUGUUGAUUAAUGGACGCUCCUCUGGUGCUCCUUCCAGCUAUCUGGCUCUAGGAAAAUAAACUCUUGGUUACAGCGAGUAAAAAUACUCGCUCCGCUGCUCUUACAUCAGUGAGCUCCGUGAUAUUUUUGGGAACUUCUCCCAUUCGCGUCGGAGUGGUUACUGGGUGUCUGUCUUGGCCAACCCUGGAUUGUCGCCUACUCUGUGUGGGGGGAGAGAGACGACACAGUUGCGUCCGCAGAUCUCGUUAUAAACAUGCAAGAGGAAAAGCAGCGCAGGGGUGCAGCAGUGAGGAAGUCUUUGAGAUAGCCUAAAAAGAUUUAAAAAAAACAGGAUACUGAGGGGGCUGUGGUACAAGAAUGACGGCUUGACCUUGUCUCUGUGAGGAUAUGGAUGGGACCAAGACGUCCAGUCCCGUCGCCUGUGUGAGCACAGCCGUGGAUGCUGUCCUGAGCCCUGCUGUGCAGCCGACGGGGGACUUGGUCGGGUUUGGAUAAGUGGCGCUUUUAGUAUGCAACCAACUUAAAAUCAGUUGCAGAGUUUUCAGAACUGUGUCAAAAAUUAUGCUUUACAGACCAAUAAUGGAGACUUACAAAAUAGCUUGGUGACCAGCUUCUAAUUUCCAUUAAGGUGUUUUAAAAGUUUUAUUUUAAUGCGUUAUUGGAGAAAUGUGGAGUGCGUUCAUGAACGGCUCGGGGCUGCACGGUGGGGGCGGUGCCGGUGGGGGCUACGUCCCGUCUCAGGGAUGGGAAUUUGUGCCGUGCACCAGGAUGGACAGGGCAGAUAGAGGCAGGGGCAAAAGUCGCAGCCCGUCGAGGAGGAUCUCCUCUCCGCCCACCGUCUUCAGUCACAUCUACGAGUCCCAGUUCGCCGCUUCACCGGGUGGAGGAGGAGACGGUGGAGCAGGGACGCGGCUUGAGCUCCUCAGGGGACAAAUGUGGCCCGGUCCCGAACCCCAGCAGCAGCAGCAGCAGCAGCAGCAGCAGCAGCAAACACAACACACGAGGCUGAAAAAGAAAUUUGAGGAUUUGAAAAGGCGACACGUACAGGAUAAAGAAGGAUGGAUGCGGGAGAAGGAGUCAUUGUUGAGAGAAGUAGCUGAUAUACAAGGAGGGGAGAACAGGAGGAUUCUGCUGGACCUGAAGACAGUUUUGGAGGAAGUGCAGGCGGAGGUGAAGAGAGAGGAGGAGAAGAGGAGCGAUCUUCAGCUGCAGUACACCAGAGACAGAUGUGCCUGGGAGCUGGAGAAGGCCGAGCUCAAAUGCAGGAUUGCACAGUUGGAGGCUAAAGAGGGUGCUGGGUUGGUCAGUGGAGGGGUCCAGUCAGCAGCAGGUCCUGGUGCUGUGGCGUCACGGAGUGCUCGAGAACAGCAGGGCGAGACAUCAACACUCCGCCGGGAGAGGGAAGAGCAGCGGAGGCUCCUGGAGGACACACACUCUACAGCCAUGGACCUGCGCUGUCGCCUGGAGCACAAUGAGAGAGACUGGCUAAGGGAGAAAGCCGAACUGCUGGAGAGGUUCGACAUGGAGAGGAGAGAAUGGGAGUGCCAGCUGAAGGAUAUGCAAAGGAAAAUAGAAGAGCUGUACUGUGACGUGAGGACCAAGCGAGACGGGACCGGACUGCACAGUGGGAAGCAGGAUGAUGAUGUUGUACACAGGCUUAGCAUACGCUCAACCAGCACAGGCUCCAGUCUGCUCAGUGACAAUGAGCCGCUUAGCAGCAGCAGCCAGUCAGAGCCAAUAAGACAGCCACCUUUACCUGGCUUAGGUCACAACAGGAACAUCAGCGGCAAUGGUUGUGUUGACAGAGAUGGUGGCCAACCCACCUGCUUCCAAGCCGACAGCCUCUUUGAAUUUGAUGCUGGUGGUCAGCUCACUCAGAAUGACCAUUCUCUACCUGAGCUGGUGGAUGAGUUAAGAUCCAGAGGCACUUGGCAGCAAGACUCAAUCGCUGCUAGCAUGGAAGCUGUGGAUGCAAUAGAGCUGGAGGCUUUGUGUCAUGGAGCUCCUGGAUGUGGAGUGCCACAGCAAAAUGUCUCUCCAGGUACCGAAAGAGAAAGACCUCUCUGGGCAGAGCUGAGUUUCGGCAGUGACAAGAAGAAGAACACCACGGCUCUCAAUGCUGCUCUGAAGGAGAUAGCCCGUGUGAGCGAGGAGCUUUGUAGCUACCAGGAUGAGAUCAGAAAGAAGAGUGGGGAUAAGAGGAAUCGAUCUGAAUCUUUGUGCCUACCUGAGGAGAGAGAGAUGCCAUUUGGCCAUGAUAAAACCCAACUGGAGGCGGAUGAAGCUCCCUGCGACCUCAGCCAGAUUUAUGACGACCUCCGGGCCCUGGGGAGGGAAAACUGGAUCACAUUUUCACCAGAUAACACCUGGCGGGCCGACACAGGGCAGAGCAAAGCCUGGAGAGCAAGCAGCACAGAUCCAGACAGCUACAGAGAAACACAGACGAGCCCUGGAGUACUCUCUGAGAUUGAUGCAGCAGGUCCACCCAUCCCUCCUCGCACUUCCUCCUGGAAUCUGAGCUCCCCCACCCUUCCAGACACAGAACUCCACAUCCCAGACUCCCCCAUGGCGACAGUGAGCAAGUGCCAUAGCCCCUGUAUUGUAGUGGACAGAAAGUGUAGCAGCCCAUCUAUUGUCAGGAAAUUUGAGGCCAUGCUACAAGAAAACGAAGGAAAAGUUUUAAUUGACGGUGUUGUAGCAUCAUGCGCUGUACCUACUAACCCUAAAUGUAAUAUUGGCUGCUGCCACAACCGUUGGUCCUGUGAUGCAAGCAAGUUCACUGGCAGUAAGCUGUCGACAUAUGGGACUGUCCAGAAAAGCUUCUCUGAGGUCAACAUACUGACGGCUGGAAAAGAGUUGCGCUCAGAUUACUGCCCUGGUGUUGGGAAUUUAAAAAGCCCCGAGCUACAAAUGCCUCAGACUGUCCAAGAAUUACCUUUAGAUUUGCUCUUGUCCUCUCUCGAAUUACCACCUGCCUGUCCCAACCUCCAGGGCUCCAGAAGAAACAUAAUGCUGGAACAAAAAACAGCCGAGUUCAACAGAACUUUGUUUCAGGCUGAGAUGGGUCGUGGUGUAGAAGAACAUGACAGUCUUACAGUAACAGAUGCCGGCUCUGUGGGUUACCAGCCAGUCUUAACAGCAACUCGUGCAUCAGAUGAGAUUUUACCUCCCAGGGAGACAAGAUUUCAGUCACAUUGUACUGAUGUCAUCACUAGCGACAUGGGUGUGCAUCCCAAAGUCACGUUAUCUCUCUCCACCUCAAGUUCGACAGUUCAGAGCCCCGAGGACCAACCGAGGCGAUUGAGAUGUGGUCCUGAAGUUCAAGAGGUCAGAAUGAAGCAAGAAAUCCCUUCUCACCUUUCAUCUGAACAGCCACAGAUUGGACUCAGGGAGGCAACAACUACAACCUUUCAGAGUCCUGCACACCACUCUGAGGUCAAGCACAAAGUUCAAACAGCAAGCAGUCCCUCCAGGAAAACACAGCACAGAGCAGCCAUAGAGGCUCUCUUGUCUGAGCCUGUCUUGCCUGCAAAUACCCAGCCAGGUCAGAAUGUGGAUGCUUCCAGCUCUAAGAAUGAGAAUCCCCAUGGAGCAAAGCCUCAGCCAGCCAGAGUUGGUGUCUCACUCCAGCAGUUGUCUGCUGAGAACAAACAAAGACAGAUGACACAGCCAGGGCACCAGGCACAGCUAAGGCAUGCGUCUGCUCUUCCUGUUCAGUCGGACUCCUCCAGACCUGGGCCUCGAAUGAUGAAUGACCAUCCCUGGAAGGCCCUCACUCUGGCUGCGUACCCCCGGCCUGAGGGUUCCAGGUCCAACUACGGGGCAGUGGAAAGAAUUCUUAAGAAUUACGAGAGUGCAGCCCGGGCUCAACAGAACCAGAGCCAACCGAACGAGAUGGCGUCAAGUCCUACUGUUGGUGUCAGGCAGGAGGAGAAUGUCACAGAACUGGACAUGCUGGACAUGGACCCUCUGCCCUUACCUCCCACUCUGAGACACACACAGACUUCACACACCUCACAGGCGCAGACCACACAUGCACAGCUUAGCAGCCACAGUGCCAUUGGUGUGAAAGAGGUGCAUCUCACAGUGCAGGAGAACGAAGAGUCCUGUAUCUCCUCCUCAGUUCAGAAGAACUUUUCGAGGCCUGCCCGUCCAGCCAAUCGACGCCUCCCCUCCCGAUGGGCCAGCCGCUCCCCCACCUCCUCCUCCUCCACCUCCUCCUCUCCCUCUACUACCCCUGUAGUGCCUCCAUCCUUCCCCCUCCAGAAACACAGUUCCACUUUUACUUACUCACACGCCUUUCACCUAGAGACUGUCAUCAUUUGAUCUCCACCUCACCGUGUGAUUGAACCAACAAGAAGCCUUUGGUGAAAACCUCUGAACACUGAACGUUGCUUUUUCAUUACUAUUGUACAUAUCAAACGCAGACUGCUUCUCCACUCCUACAGACUCAGAAGUGCUUUAGUUGUGAGUUCACCAGCUCACUAAGAAUGUAUGUGGCAUCCAGUGGAGCCUAACUGACCAAGGAAGGCAAGAAGAGGAUCUGAAGCAGCUUCACUUAUUCAGCAGUAUGCUCCGAUGGACCUGCCAGGCAUCACACAUAGCCGCAAAGUGAAAACAUCACAUCCAACGUGUCAUUCAUUCAUGCCAACCAUCUGAAUGGAUGUCCUAUGCUCAGGUCUGGAUUCUAGCCUUGACUAGUGUAGCCUUGCAGAUGUACCAACAACAGACCCUCCACGUCUCCUUCUGUUCUAUAUACUGUAUUUACACCUUAAAAGUGAUGCUUGCUUAUAUUCAAAUGAUCCAAAAACUUCCAGCCAAAUGAAACCCAGAAUGAUGUAUUUAAUAUGUACUGUAUUUUGUAUUUUGUGUGCAACAUGUUUUGUGUGCUUUUUGCACAAAAUAUGAUGUUACAUACACAAUAUGCAGCAUCACGGUGGAUUCAGAGACAAAGGCAGUGAAGCAGAGAUUUCUCACUAGCAUCACUCAGUGUGUGGAAUAAAGCAGUGUUGGUUUCUGCCUUCUUGAAUAUUACUUACAGUACACGCCUGGACUGUACCUUGCCUGUGACUAAAACAUUUUGCUUUGCAUUCAUGACUGGUUUUACAUUUUUCAUAAUUACAGUAACACAAAAAAUGUGAAUGUGAGUUCCUUUUUUAUAACUUUGUACCAAAGGCUGGUUUCUUUACAUGCAUUUCCUGAUUUGAAAAUCAAAUGCAUUGUUUGUUAUGGCAUUUAUUUUUGCUGUCCACCCAUUGCUGAUUUUUUCCAAUCAAAAUGUAACAUCAUUCAUGAGAGCCUGCUUUUAUGCAUAACAUAAAUAAUAAUAAUGCUUAUGAAAAAAAAAAGAUUAAAAAGCCUUUUUUCUACUUUUACUAAUUCUGAAUGGUCACAUAUCAGGACAUUACAGUUUUUUGGGUCAAAGUAGUGAAUCAUAUCAUGAUGAAGGUGAUGCCUUUGCUGUUCUUUUUGUGUAAUAAACAUACAGACUUAGUGA